AUGAAAACCGCCGGAUUUCUUGCGGUUUGCUUGUCCAUUAUUCCAGUUGGAGCUGUUGAUAGUAUUGUAGAUCUGAGCUACUCGAAAUAUGAAGGGACCGCUUUGCCAGGAGGUAUUACUCAAUGGCUUGGCAUCCGGUAUGCUGCACCGCCUUUGGGACCAUUGCGUUUUGCGGGCCCCACACAUCCAGAGUACAAUUCGACUGUUCAGAAGGCCAAUAAACAUGGCACGCUCUGCUUAGCCAAUCAAGCUGGCCCAGGGCUGCAAUAUGGGAAGCAACCUAUGGAUGAAGAUUGUCUUUUUCUUGAUGUAUACGCCCCGACAAAUGCCACAACGGGGUCAAAGCUCCCUGUCAUGGUUUUCGUUCAAGGGGGUGGAUGGACUUCCAAUUCGAAUGGCAACUUCAACGGCACUCUGCUCGUUGAGAAUUCAGGCAUGAAUAUGGUGGUCGUUACACUCAACUAUCGCGUAGGUUUGCUUGGAUUGUUGGCCAGCAAGCAAGUGUUGGAAGGUGGCAGUCUUAAUAAUGGAUUGAAAGAUGUGAUAUUUGUCCUGCAAUGGAUUCAAGAUAAAGCGUGUCUGUUUGGAGGGGACGUUAAUCAUGUUGUUUUGACGGGAGAUAGCGUUGGGGCUAUGAUCAUCACAUUCCUCCAAGCUGCCUACAAUGGCACAGGGCUUCCGGGGUAUUUUCAUGGUGUCGCUGCCGAAAGUACCGCCCUAGCUGGAAAUGCCCAAGUUGUUGACCUUCAACCACAUUACGAUGAUUUGACCAAAGCCACUGGGUGUUCUAAUCAAACAGAUACAUUGUCUUGCUUACGAGGCCUUAACGUUACGGAACUACAAACCAAAUCGCCAGGGUUUCAAUGGAGUCCUUGUAUCGAUAACGAUAUCCUCGUAGCCCCGCUCUACCAGCUUUAUGAAAGCAGAAGAUUCCGCCAAGUCCCCGCAAUAUAUGGAAGUACAACUGACGAAGGAACCAAGAAUGUUGACAAGACAGUUAACUCGACGAACUUGGACUCUUAUAUACGAAGAAACCUAGGGAACAUCACCGAUGCACAACUUGAAGAAUUGAAAACAACCUAUCCAGAGUCUCUCAAUGAAGUCACCUUCUCAGGCGCGGUAUUGAAUGCUACUUAUCCUGGUGCUGGUAAUGAAUGGCAGCGUGUCGCGGCGAUGUUCGGCGAGGCAGAUAUUCGAUGCGUAGCAUACUUCCAAUCCGACAUGCUAGCUUAUGCCGGCAACACACAGAACUGGCAUUACCACUACGAUGUCCUGGAUCCUCGAGAUGAAGCCAGUGGCAAUCGAGUUUAUCAUACCGUGGAACUGAAUGCCAUCUGGGGCCCGAAUAACACCGAUGGCAAUCCUCCGCCCUCUUACUACAUACCGAACGAAAAGGGGGGCAACGCCGGUGCCGUGCCUGUCACUCAGAGCUACUGGAUAAGCUUCAUUCUCACCCUAGAUCCUAACACGCUCAGAAGAAAAGAUCUGGCGGGAUGGGAGCCCUGGACAUUGGCUACUAGACGACGGCUACUUUUGCACAACAACGGAACUAUGAUGGAGAGCAUGACUGAUGCAGAGAAGGCUCGCUGCAAGGUUGUGAUGCCAUGGGCUAAGGCUCGCAACCUAUUCCAACUACCACGGACCACGUUUCCACUCUUUGCUAAUGGCACAUAUCCGGAUCCAUAUGAAUGA